UACUCAGGAAGUCCCCGCCACAAUGAAAAUGAAAAUAACAUCUUUCCCGCCAAAGCCAAAAAACUCACAAAAUACACGAAUCCACAAUUAGUUCGACAUCGCACAAGCCGUCUCCAUUGCAGGAAUGAAGAAUUAUAAGUCAGCACCACCGCCGUUGGCGACUCAAAGCCCUAAAUCCUCAAAACAUGUGGUGCAUAUUGGCGGCAUUCCGGUGGAGUUCCCAUACCAACCCUACGGUACACAGCUCGCUUUCAUGAAUCGAGUCAUUGCGACACUUGAUCGAGCACAUAGAGAGGGUCGCUCUCACGCGCUGCUCGAAUCUCCCACCGGUACUGGAAAGUCGCUGUCCCUGCUUUGCUCAGCUCUUGCUUGGCAACAAAAAUUCAAGUCUAAGAAUCUUAAUCUUUAUUCUCAUCUCUCCCAUUCCAAACCCGAUCCUCAAGCCGUUGCCGAUCCUAUUGGUCAUGGCGGCGGUUUUAUUCCUGAAACGCAGCCCUCAGGGAACCCGGAUACAACAUCAUCGGCUGCAACUAAUGGGGAGAACAAUAAGAAAAAUGUGGCGCCUAAAAUCUUUUAUGCCACGAGGACACAUGCACAAAUUGCUCAAGUGAUUCGGGAAUACAGAAAGACAAGUUAUCGGGUGCAAAUGGCUGUGCUGGCUUCACGAAGACACUACUGUACAAAUAUGAAUGUACGAGGUGAAGACAACAUUGAUGAGAAAUGCAAGUUAUUAGUAAAGGAUCAAGAGGCUGGGUGCUCAGAAUUCAAAAAUUCUCAUAAAGUCAAAGGUCAUCCAUCCCUUCAGAAAGGAGGGUGCCACGAGGCUCAUGAUAUUGAAGAUCUUGUUAAAGUUGGGCGAAUUGUUAAAGGCUGCUCAUACUUUGCAGCGCGUUCCAUGGCUGAUCAUGCGGAAUUAGUGUUCUGUCCAUACAGCUAUAUCAUCGAUCCAGUUGUCAGGAGAGCAAUGGAAGUAGAUAUAACAGGGGCCAUCAUUAUUCUCGAUGAAGCCCACAAUAUAGAGGACAUUUCUCGUGAUGCUGGUAGUGUGGAUAUUGAGGAGGAUACUUUUCUUCAGUUGCAGAUGGAAUUGGAGCAACUCACACUAUCUGAUACUAUGACCUACCAACCUUUGGUAGAAAUGGUACAGGACAUACUGAAUUGGAUUGAUAGGAAGAAAAAUACUUUAGAAAGGCACGACUUCCAACACUAUUUCUCAUGUUGGACUGGUGACAAGGCCUUGAAAGAGCUACAAGAAGCCAAUGUGACAAAGCAGUGCUUUCCCAUUUUACAAGAAUGUGCUGUGAAGGCCAUUAAAGCUGCUUCUGAAGCUGAGACAGAGACAGCUCAUUUGAGUGGCAUGGCAGCAGCUGUAUUAGAGGGACUAUUCACCUCACUUCGUUACUUCUUCUCGGGAAACGGUCUUCAUGUGUGUGAUUAUCAGCUAGCUUUACAACGAUGUGUCAAGAAAAGUCCUGGAACUGCUGUUGGUAGCUGGACACAUACUUUUAGUUUGUGGUGCUUAAAUCCAGCGGUUGUGUUCAGAGAAAUUGCUGAUUCUUGUCUGUCAGUGAUUCUAACAUCAGGGACUCUAUCACCAAUGAAUUCAUUUUCCUCUGAACUUGGUGUUACUUUCGGUACUUCUCUGGAAGCUCCACAUGUUAUAGAUGUUGAAUCACAGUUUUGGGCUGCUGUAAUCUCGAGAGGACCAAGAAAUUAUCCGCUGAAUGCAAGUUUCAAAAAUACAGAUUCAUAUGCUUUUCAGGAUGCACUUGGCAUAUCUUUAGAGGAAAUAUGCAAGAUUGUUCCUGGCGGUUGUCUUAUAUUCUUUCCUAGCUAUAAGCUGAUGGAGAAAUUAAGCAGUCGCUGGAAAGAAACAGGUCAAUGGGCCCGACUUAAUGCUCGAAAGCCCCUUUUCGUUGAGCCAAGAGGGGGUCAAGAAGAAUUUGAAUCAGUUUUGAAGGGUUACUACAGUUCUAUUAACCAAAAGGGGAAGCUAAUGAUGGGAAGAAAGAAAAAGGCAAAAAAGUCAGCUCUUAGAGACAGUAAUCCACAUGAAGUUUCAGAUGAAAACAAGAAAGAGGGGGCUGCUUUUCUUGCUGUUUGUCGAGGAAAGGUUUCUGAAGGCAUAGACUUUUCCGACGAGAAGGCUCGUGUAGUCAUAGUUGUAAGCAUUCCCUUUCCAAACAUAAAUGAUAUUCAAGUCUCUCUUAAGAAGAAGUUCAAUGAUAUUUAUAAGUCUUCUAAAAAUCUUCUGAGUGGGAGUGAGUGGUAUUGUCAUCAAGCCUUCAGAGCUCUUAACCAGGCUACAGGUCGUUGCAUACGCCAUAGAUUUGACUAUGGAGCUGUGAUCUUUUUAGAUGAGCGUUUCUGUGAGGCAAGGAAUAGAGCUUAUAUUUCAAAGUGGUUGCGGAGUUCAAUAAGACACUUCGGCAGCUUUGACGAGUCAAUAGAAGAACUGAAAUCCUUUUUCAGAGAUGUCAAAGAGCGUGUUGGCAAGGCAGUCAUUUCCUUACAAAAUUCUGUUAUUGAUGUUGAAGAAAAUGCUUCUCUAACCAAGAGCAUAAGAACCAGGCAGAAAAAUCAGAAGUUGAGCACUUAUAAUGUGAAAGGGCUUAAGGAAGAACAAAAUGGUGCAUUGAUUAGUCAAAAAGCUGCUCUCCUAUGUCAAUCUUCCCCUAUUAAUACAACGUAUAAUACAUCCUCCACAAAAAUGAAAGUUCAUGCUCCGCAUUUGAUGUUAAGUGAUGACGAGGAUGGUCGCAGAGGUUACAUUGAUUUGGAAUGUGGUUCAGAAAAAUCACCUAGGUUUUCUGGAGAUCCAUUGAUCUCCAGUAACCUUGACUUAACCAUUGUAAAAGAAACUCCUUGUCCUGAUGACAUUAUUCACAUUUCUAGUCCUCAGCCCUUCUCCAAGGAUGAAUAUUCUAGCUCAACCAUUAUUCAAGCAUCUGGUGAGCUCUCAGACCACUUGGCAAAUCAUCCUAUAACUCAACAAAAUACAGUGUUGGGUUGUAAAUCUUCCUCUUUGAUGCUUACUCCUGAAAAAGAUGUUUGUACCAAAGCAAACAGGAUAUUGUGUGAUGUUGACUCAUCAAUUAACUCAAGCGUCAAUUCUCAUGUGGGGAAAAGGAUAAAACGCUUGGAUUUGUCGUCCAUUGUUCAUCUCCGUGCAGAAGAAUUUGAUACUCAGAUGACCAACACUCCUAUGCAUGAUAGUUCUACAUGUAGAUCAAGGAAGAUUAAAGACGCAUACCAGAGGAUUGAUUCCGGUUCCAGAAUUAGUCAGUUAGACACGGAACUGGAGAAGUCCAAAUUUCUGACGUCUCCAGUCCUGAAUAACUGUGAGACAUCAGUUGUGCAGUCUAAACUUGCUAUGCAGGAAAGACUACAGAUAUUUUGCUCACUUUGCGAAAAUCCGCUGGGGCUUCCUGAGAACAAUUUAUUUGUUAUGUGCUCACGAACUUCGUCAACAAAAACUCACUUGAAAACUCUUUGGAAGGGCCAAUUAGAAACCCCUGAUCCGAGCAGACAUAGUAUACCUAUCCUCGUAGCUAACUUUUUGUCUGUUGAUCAACGCAUCUAUGAAAGAACCAGUGACAGUUUAUCAGUACAGGGGAUUUGGUGCAAAGAAGAUGGUUGUGUUUUCAAAACUAUUUUCUGCCCCUUUUGUGUAAAUUCCAGACAUUGUCUUGGUGUACAGGUCAUGGCUUCUGAUGCAGCUAAUGUCCAGUUACUAAAUAAGGUGCUGCUUUAUUGUGAUUGCUUGGUAAUUAAAGAGCCUGAAGCGUCAAGAAAGGAAUUAUCUCCGUCCACCAAUUCAAGCUCUGAUAGAGGAGUUAUUAAUUCCAUUGAGAGUUUCUCAUUUACUCCUCAGCAGCAGAACCUUGGAGGAUGGAGAACUACAAAAUCAAAGAUGCGGUUACCAAAGAGGAGCAUCUCAUAUAGUACACAGACUGAUGUAGAAUGAGUUGGAGUUCACUAAAUAGAUGAUAUACUUCCUGCAAAAGUUACGAUAUUACAAGACAAGCUUCCAAGAGAGAUGACAAGUCAAAAUGGGUCAGAAGUUGCUGGCAAGAUGUUAGCUGAGGGAUAUUCUACUUGGAGUUUAGUGUGGAUGCCUACAUACAAUGAACUGUUUAUGCAGUUCGUUAAAAGAUAUCAGCAGUCAGUUACCACUUUUCUAGUCGACGAGUGUACAUAUUAGACAGAUAUGGGGAAAAUUUUGAUAUGAAAAUUUCUAUCUUAUUUAUAAAAAAAAUGUUCAAAAAUGACACUUCCUGUUGAUUGCGUUUGUUCUCUCUUUCUUUCUUUCUUUUUUUUUUUUUUUUUUUUACGACAAAUGGUAUGUGCAUUUGUUAAUUAUUAGUGAAUAAAAUCUCACGUAACUUUAAAAUCUA